CGCCGCACGUGCCUGCAGCGCGAUGCCCAAAUCCAAGCGCGACAAGAAAGUUUCCUUAACCAGAACUGCCAAGAAAGGCUUAGAACUGAAACAGUACCUGAUAGAAGAGCUUCGGAAAUGUGUGGAUACGUCCAAGUACCUUUUCAUCUUCUCCGUGGCCAACAUGAGGAACAGCAAGCUGAAGGACAUCCGGAACGCCUGGAAGCACAGCCAGAUGUUCUUUGGCAAAAACAGGGUGAUGAUGGUGGCCUUGGGUCGAAGCCCAGCUGAUGAGUACAAAGACAACCUGCAUCAAGUCAGCAAGAAGUUGAGGGGUGAGGUCGGUCUCCUUUUCACCAACCGCACCAAGGAGGAAGUGAAUGAGUGGUUUACGAAAUACACGGAAAUGGACUUCGCUCGAGCCGGAAACAAAGCAACUUUCACUGUGACCCUGGACCCUGGGCCCCUGGAGCAGUUCCCCCACUCCAUGGAGCCACAGCUGAGGCAGCUGGGCCUGCCCACUGCCCUCAAGAGAGGUGUGGUGACCCUGCUGUCCGACCACGAGGUGUGUAAGGAGGGCGACGUGCUGACCCCAGAGCAGGCCCGCGUGCUGAAGCUUUUCGGGUAUGAGAUGGCUGAAUUCAAGGUCACCAUCAAAUACAUGUGGGAUGCACAGUCUGGAAGGUUCCAGCAGAUGGGAGAUGACUUGCCCGAGAGCGCAUCCGAGUCAGCAGAAGAAUCAGAGGGGGAAGAUGAUGGCUGACAGAUACUGGGGACGGACUGUGGGACCACCACCCCGCUCGCUGAACAGCAGGGAGGGCAAGAGGGAUGGACUGCUUUUCUAUAAGGAAUAAAACUGUCUGCAAGGUGGCUCCUGUGGACAGCAAAGAGAACUUUUCCUAGAAAA